AUGUCUAUUAGUGAUGUAUCAAAGCAACCGCAAAUUAAAAUUGGUCAUUAUGUUCUUAAUCAAACGCUUGGUGUUGGUACUUUUGGUAAAGUGAAAGUAGGUACUCACGAAGGUACGGGUUACAAAGUUGCUGUAAAAAUUUUGAAUCGACAAAAGAUUAAAACUUUGGAUGUUGUCGGAAAAAUACGCCGUGAAAUACAAAAUUUGUCAUUGUUUCGACAUCCACAUAUCAUUCGUUUAUAUCAAGUAAUAAGCACGCCAACGGAUAUUUUUAUGAUAAUGGAAUUCGUUGCUGGUGGUGAACUGUUCGAUUAUAUUGUCAAGCAUGGAAGACUGAAGACUCCCGAAGCACGUCGUUUUUUCCAGCAGAUAAUUUCGGGUGUAGACUACUGCCAUCGUCAUAUGGUAGUGCACAGAGAUUUGAAACCUGAAAACUUGCUACUUGAUGACAAAAAUAAUGUGAAGAUUGCUGAUUUUGGUUUGUCUAAUAUAAUGACUGAUGGUGAUUUUUUGCGAACAAGUUGUGGCAGUCCUAACUACGCAGCACCUGAAGUGAUUUCUGGGAAAUUGUAUGCAGGUCCAGAGGUUGAUGUAUGGUCGUGUGGUGUUAUCUUGUAUGCUCUUUUAUGUGGUACUUUACCAUUUGAUGAUGAACAUGUGCCAUCUCUGUUCAGGAAGAUCAAAGCUGGUAUAUUUCCAAUUCCUGAUUAUUUGGAGAAGCAAGUUGUUAACUUGCUAUUACAUAUGUUACAAGUUGAUCCCAUGAAAAGAGCAACGAUCAAAGAUGUCAUACAGCAUGAUUGGUUUCAAAGAGAUUUGCCAGCUUAUUUGUUCCCACCAAUCAAUGAAAGUGAGGCAUCUAUUGUUGAUAUAGAAGCUGUAAAAGAAGUCACGCGAAGAUACGGUGUCUUGGAGGAAGAUGUAACAAAUGCUUUGUUGGGGGAUGAUCCGCAUCAUCAUCUGAGCAUAGCAUAUAACUUAAUUGUCGACAACAAGCGUAUCGCUGAUGAAACGGCGAAGCUAUCAAUUGAAGAAUUUUAUCAGGUAACACCAGCAGGAAAGUUGCAAUCAUGUGACACAUCUCAUAGACAUCCAGAGCGAAUAUCUGGAUCAAACAAAAUAACCCCUUACUUGGAAAAUAUUGGUGGCGGUGAUUCUAUGUCUACAGCUAAAUGGCAUCUUGGAAUAAGAAGUCAAAGCCGCCCAGAAGACAUAAUGUAUGAAGUGUUCAAAGCUAUGAAAUCUCUUGAUUUCGAAUGGAAAAUAUUCAAUCCCUAUCACAUUAUUGUUCGUAAAAAACCGGAUAAUCCAACUUAUGAACCUCCAAGAAUGAGCCUUCAGCUUUAUCAAGUUGAUCAGAAAAGCUACCUCCUCGAUUUCAAAAGCCUUGUAGAUGAAGAAACAGGCAGUGCCAAUUCAUCGCGACAUGCAUCAGUCUCUUUGCCUGUUAAACCCUCCCUAAGAACCGGUCGCGCUCAGUCAUUACCAGUUCCAAUGGAAGUUGAUAAUCCUCCUCCACCAGUCGCAGUCAAACAGUCGCAAACGAUGCAGUUUUUUGAAAUGUGUGCUUCACUAAUUGGCGCUCUGGCGCGUUAA